GCUCGGAAGCCGAGGGGGCUGGGCCGGACGCAGGCGGAGGACCCGGGGUCGGCCGCCGCCGCUGCCGCCCUGUCCCAGCGCGCUCCGUGAGGUCCGCGCGGCGCCGCGUCGGCCAUGAUGAUCCACGGCUUCCAGAGCAGCCACCAGGACUUCUCCUUCGGGCCCUGGAAGCUGACGGCCGCCAAGACGCACAUCAUGAAGUCGGCGGACGUGGAGCGGUUAGCCGAUGAAUUGCACAUGCCGUCUCUCCCUGAAAUGAUGUUUGGAGACAACGUCCUGAGAAUCCAGCACGGCUCUGGCUUCGGGAUUGAGUUCAAUGCUACCGAUGCAUUACGAUGUGUAAACAACUAUCAAGGAAUGCUUAAAGUAGCCUGUGCUGAAGAGUGGCAGGAGAGCCGGACGGAGGGUGAGCACUCCCAAGACAUUCUUAAACCGUACGAUUGGACCUACACCACAGACUACAAGGGAACGCUGCUUGGAGAGUCACUUAAGUUAAAGGUUGUACCUACAACAGAUCAUAUAGAUACAGAGAAACUGAAAGCCAGAGAACAGAUUAAAUUUUUUGAAGAAGUUCUCCUAUUUGAGGAUGAACUUCAUGAUCAUGGAGUUUCAAGCCUGAGUGUGAAAAUUAGAGUGAUGCCUUCUAGCUUUUUCCUGCUGUUGCGAUUUUUCUUGAGAAUUGAUGGGGUGCUUAUCAGAAUGAAUGACACAAGACUUUACCAUGAGGCGGAUAAGACCUACAUGUUACGAGAAUAUACAUCACGAGAGAGCAAAAUUGCUAAUUUAAUGCACGUUUCACCUUCCCUCUUCACGGAACCUAAUGAAAUAUCACAGUAUUUACCGAUCAAGGAGGCAGUUUGCGAGAAGCUUCUAUUUCCAGAAAGAAUGGAUCCUAACCCUGCAGACUCACAAGAAAGUGCACCUGCGGAAUAGAAUGUGAUACAACAUACACUCAUCGUGGAAUCUGACUGGGGACCUUAGCUAUUUGGAGGGGGUAUUUUUAUUCUGAGAAUUACUUGCCUUGUUUAUGUGCAGAUUUUCUGUAGCCUUAAAGGAAAAAAAA